UUAAAGCCUAAGGUCCUCACAGUAUUAGCCAAGUCUCUUCAUUUUCAGUCAACAGAGCACUUUUUUGUCCACUGGAAACCAUUUUGCCAUGGAAGACGACUCCCGUUUCAAGGGUCUGAAGAGGCCGUUGGCCUCCGUCGAAGGACAUUCCGACGUCGUUCUCCAACGUUUCAAAGUCCUGUUACCCAACGGGGCCAGCGUUGAUUUGACGAAAGACGAUCAAGAGCGUGAAAUCUCAUUUCAGGGUUUCAUGGACUUGAUCAGGGACGCGUAUGAUGUGGAGAAACGACACUCUGGGUCGUUUAAAAGAAAAGGAACGAUAAACUGGAAGAGUAAAAGGUUGUAUCUCGAGGACGAAAAUGGGUCGAAAAUGAUGGGACGGAUCGAUUUGCGGUGUUUUAAUCCCCACAAGUGUCACAUUCUUCAACUUCAUGAUGGUUCUGGAGAUGUGACUAAUACUUUUGAGAAUAUGUGGGAUUUGACUCCUGAUACAGAUUUGUUGAUGGAGUUACCAGAAGAAUACAAUUUUGAAUCUGCUCUUGCAGAUUUGAUCGACAAUUCCUUGCAAGCAGUUUGGUUGAACUGUGAAACCCGUAGGAGAUUGAUAAGUGUGGAUGUUCGUGAGAAUAGAAUCUCAAUAUUUGACACUGGGCCUGGAAUGGACAACAGUGAUGAAAACUCUAUUGUGAAGUGGGGAAAGAUGGGUACCUCUCUAAACAGGUUAUAUAAAGUAAAGGCGAUAGGGUGCAAACCUCCAUUUUUAGUGCCGUCUUUUGGCAUGUUUGGAUAUGGAGGACCUGUUGCAUCUAUGCAUCUAGGGAGCUGUGUUAUAGUUUCGUCCAAGAGAAAAGAAUCCAAGAAAGUUUAUAAGUUAUCUCUUUCACGAGAUGCUUUACUCGGCAAUGCUGGUUCUCAAUGUAGUUGGAGGACUGAUGGCGGCAUUAGGGAUCCUUCUGAUGAUGAAAUUGUGAAAUCACCCCAUCUGAGCUUUACAAAGGUGGAGAUACUAAAGCCUAAAGUGAAAAACUUGGACAUAUCUAAGCUCCGAUGUAAGCUGAAGGACAUAUACUUUCCGUAUAUUCAGUGUGAUGAGUUGUCCGACGGUGGCAAGACUGUUACACCUGUUGAGUUCCAGGUUAAUGGUGUCGAUUUAGCUGGAAUUCAAGGCGGCGAAGUUGCAAUCACAAACUUGCAUUCUUGCAAUGGUCCUGAAUUUACUGUGUCACUGCGCUUUUCCCUUAAAAAAGAGAAUUCUUCACCCAGUGCUUCAGGUUCUAAGGCUCCUCUAAUGGCAAAUGCACGCCUCAAGUUUAUUUAUUUUCCCAUCCGUCAGGGGAAAGAGAGUAUUGAGAGGAUUAUUGAGAGUUUGGAAGCUGAAGGAUGUGGAGAUAGAGAAAACUUUGAGAACUAUAGUCGUGUCUCAAUUCGUCGACUUGGACGUCUACUUCCAGAUGCUCGUUGGGCAUCACUUCCUUUUAUGGAUUUGAGGCAGAGAAAGGGAGAAAACUAUCAGUUGUUGAAAAGAUGUUGCUUGAGAGUUAAAUGCUUUGUUGAAACUGAUGCCGGAUUCAAUCCAAUGCCUUCAAAAACUGAUUUGGCGCACCAUAAUCCUUUCUCCAUUGCUCUGAAGAACUUCGGUAGUAGGCCUCAGGACAAAGAAAAAGAUGUCAAUGUUGAAAUUCAUAGAGAUGAAAAACAGUUGACAUAUUUGCAACUGGAAAGGGAGUACAUGGAUUGGCUUCUUCAAAUGCAUCGUAUGUAUGAUGAAGAAAUCGAGUCUGGUGAAGAUCAACCUAUCAUUAUUGUUAAUCCCUUGAACAAGAAGGCGCUAGGAAUAUCAUCUGAUGUUAUAAGAGUUCAUCAAAUUCUGAAGAGAAAGAGAUUGUUGUGGAAAAGUGGCCAGAAAAUCAAAGUUCUCAAGGGUGCAUGCACCGGGUGUCAUAAGAACAAUGUCUAUGCAACGAUAGAACAUUUCUUGCUUGAAGGAUUUCAGGGGGAUUCUGGUGGAGAAGCUCGAAUUAUAUGCAGGCCACUAGGUGUGGAAAAUGGCUGUAAGCUUUCUGUAAAGGGUGGAACUCCCAAUUUGGAUAUUCAGGACUCACUAUCGCUUCCAAUUAGCGUGAUUGAUUCUCAGAAGUGCAAGCCCAUUGAUGAUUCUGAUUGGGAGCUCCAAGUUAAGAAACAAAUUCAGAAGAAUCCUUCAAGAAUUGAAUUGCUGAAUGUGAAACAGUGUCAUCAGUUGGAGGUUGAUGGGGCAUUGCCGACCAAUAUUCGAAUACAUGCUGGACAAACCCCUCCAAAGGUCAUUGUGGCUGUUUUUCGUCCAAGUAGUUUCACAUUUUCUCUUGCUUCAUACUUGGACCAGAAGGACAUUGUGAAGGUUAAUUUGGAGAUGUCAAUGGAAGUCACAUUUAGAAGAACCAAGAACCAUCAAGAUUUUGUACACAUUUACUCUGUUCGCAUUGCACCUUCAUCCUUCAAAGGGUUUCAUGGAUUGUAUAUGUUCUCACUCGGGGUGAAGUUCCGUCACUUGUUUCAGAAAGCUGGUGCAUAUACAUUUUCUUUCUCCGCUGAACAUUCGGGUUGUCCGAAGUACAAACAAACAAUGAUGGUAGUGCCUUCAGAAAAGGUUGGAAAGUGGGAGCUUCUUCGUGAUGAGAAGUUUCCAUCUUAUACUGUAAGGGUCGGUUCAUGUUUUCCACCCUUAUCUCUUGCAUGCUAUGACAUCUAUGACAACCAAAUGUCAUUUACCUCCUUUCCUAGCUUAAAGGUCAAGCUCAGCAUGAAUGAAGAUUUGUGUAUUGAUGUGGUCAAGAUGAAGCCUUCCCUUUCAUCUGAUAAUUUGGUCUUUAUUGUUAAGGAUAUUGUGAUUGAAUGUUAUGAGUUAGACUCAAUCCGGCCAAAUUAUGCAGCCACCUUGAUGAUAUAUAUUCAAGAUGAGUCGACACCAGUUUCUGUGGGAUGUCAGGUUACCCCUGGAGAUCUACACUCUAUCAAAGUCUGUUCACAACUUCCCAGAAAGCAAUUACUCCCAGGCUUUGUAGUUGAGCAGUUUUUGCUAGAGGUGUUCGAUGUGUACGGAAAUCAUGUUGAAGAAGGCUUCGAAGUUCAAUUCCAGUUGAAUGGUUUUAGCAUCCAAGGUCAAAUAGGCUCGAGCUUUAAGGUGGAUAACCAUGGAUGCAUUGACCUAGGGGGCCUAUUGAAAGUAACCACAGGUUAUGGAAAACAAGCGUGUCUCUCUGUUUUACACGAUGAUAAAGUAAUUUUCAAGCAAGAUUUUCAAACUGAGAAAAGGGAGCUAAGAAUAUCAUCAAGUGUGCCGGAGCAAUGCAUUGCUGGUUCCUCACUGGAAAAUAUAGGUUUUGAAGUUGUAGACUUCAAUGGGGAUGUUGAUAAAACAUUUCAUCAUGAUGAAAAGUGUGGCCAAUCCCAUACGCUCGUAAUUAAGUCAGAAUCAUUUGAAAUAGAUGAUUCUAUACGCUACGUGUUCAAGCAUGGCCUCUGCAACAUCACUUCUUUUCCCCUUCCUCAAAUUGAAGGGCCCCUUUUCUUCAAAGCUUUUCAUUCUCAUUACUCUCAGCUAUGUUGCGAUGUUAAGAUUUAUCUUGUACAUGCUCCAAUAGUCAAUGACGAAGAGGCUGAGGUCCACACUUCAGAUGGAAAGAUUUCUCAUGCUCCAAAAGUCGAGAACAGUGAGGUCGAGUCACACACUUCCUGUGGAAAGGUCUUAUUCCUGCAAAACUCGCCAUUUGUCAAUAAUGACAAUGAACUAGGGAAUGAAGUGCUCAAAUCUGCUGAACGUGUGGGAAAAAGGGAAAAUUAUCUGAAAGAGCUUAAUCGUUGUAAAACAGGCAUCGAGCAACAAAUUUUUAGGUUGCAAGCUUCUCUUGAACCCGAUUUAGUGAACAAUCUGGAUUGCUUGUCAACAAAAGAAGAACUAAUGAAACUGAUCAAGGGAAGAGGUCAAACUGCAGCUGCUAUUCUCUGCAGUCUUGCUCAAGGACCACCGAUGCAUAUCACGGAAGAUGUAGUAGGCGUGGUAGCCCUACUUGGAACAGUUUGCUCUGUUGAACUUAGCAGGAUUUUAGCCGAAUACUUGGGUGAAGAUCAAAUGCUUGCGGUCGUGUGCAAAUCCUAUCAUUCAGCAGGUGCUCUUGAGCAGUAUGGGCAUAAUGGUAAAGUUGAUUCUAGGUUCGGUCUUCAUGCAGAAGCUACCGCUCUUGGUAAAUCUUUAAGUGACAGAUUUUUUGUUGUCUGCCUCGAGGAUAUAAGUCCUUACCUGGGAGGAGUUGAGUUCAAUGACCCUCAAAGGAAGCUUGUCUUACCAAUUCCUAGCUUACCAUUUGGACACUGUCCUCCGGGUUUUAUUGGCUAUGCAGUCAACAUGAUUAAUUUGGAUAAUCCCAACUACAGAACUGAUUCCGGCUAUGGUUUUCGUGAGACUCUAUUCUACAGACUUUUUGGUAAGGUUCAAGUAUACGAUACAAGGGAAAAUAUGGAAAGGGCUCGUAGUUGCAUAAAACAUGGUGCUGUGUCUCUGGAUGGAGGGAUUCUGAGAAAGAAUGGACUUAUAUCUCUUGGAUUCAGGAGCCCAGAAAUAUAUUUUCGGGUCGAGAACAGGAACGUGUCUCCGCAAAGCCAGAAAAUCAUGGAUCAAAUCAAGGAAAAACAAAAUGCAUUAACAAUCAUCUUGCAACAUAUAGAUGAAUCGAAUGAAAAGCUUAAGAGAGAUCACCUUAGGCUCGACAAGAAAAAAACCAAGUUUCGGAAGUGCAUGGAUAAUACCGAUAAUGCGAUCAACAAUAUCGUAACUAUGAGCCCACUGCAACACUCCCAAGAGCUUGAAACUCCCUCCCAGUCGACUCCGAGGUGAUUAUAUUUCUAACUGACAGCUCUUUAUCUGAUUGAUAGUACUAUGAAGAUCAUAUACACGGGUUAGUUCAUAUAUGAUCAAGCUAUUUGUAAAUGUCUGUUGAAAUGGUGGGAUCCUUGCAAGCUGAAACAUUAGCUUUUUUAUUACCAUGAUGUAUAUUUUAUCAUAUUAAAUGAUCUAAUUAAAUAUAUAUAUAUAUAUAUAUAUAUAUAGAGAGAGAGAGAGAGAGAGAGGACUAUUAGUAAUUAUCCCUUUAUAUGUAUUGAUGGUAAUUGAUGAAUAGAAAAAGGAAUAAUGCAGGUUUGGCAGUUGUUAUUA